AUGGUUGAUCCUAAGAAGAUUGAGGCAGUGAGAGAUUGGGUUAGGCCUACAUCAGUGGCAGAGAUUCGUAGCUUUGUGGGGUUAGCCAGUUACUAUCGUUGGUUCGUGAAGGGGUUUGCUUCUGUUGCUUCACACUUGACUUGUUUGACUCAGAAAGAAGAAAUGAAGGUGAUUGCUUAUGAUUCCAGACAGCUAAAGAUUCAUGAGAAGAACUAUCCCACUCAUGAUUUGGAGUUGGCAUCGAGGGAUCUUAAUUCUAGGCAUCAGAGAUUGAUGGAGUUGCUUAAGGAUUACGAUAUUACUAUUUUGUAUCAUCUUGGCAAGGAAAACAUUGUAGCAGAUGGAUUGAGCAGGAUAUUUUCUAGUAUGGGUAGAUUGUUGGUUUGUGUUGAGGCGAGAUCAUUGUUUCUGGAACAGAUUAAGGUAAACCAAUUCGAGGAUGCGAGUUUGUGCAAGAUUCGCGACAAGGUUUUGAGUGGUAAGGCUAAGGAGGCCAUGAUUGAUAAUGAGGCCAUUCUGAGGAUUAAGAGGCGUUGUUUAAAUUGUCAGCAGGUUAAGUACGAGCACCAAAGACUUGGAGGUUUGUCUGGCAUUCAUCCGGUGUUUCAUGUCUCUAUUUCGAAGAGAUAUCGUGGUGAUGGUUCUUUUGUCAUUGGUUGGGAUUCAGUCUUGUUAGACGAGAACUUGUCUUAUGAGGAAGAGCUUAUUGCUAUUCUAGAUAGGGAGGUUCGUAAGUUGAGGACUAAGGAGAUUGCAUCAGUGGAGGUUCAGUGGAAGAACUGCCCUGUUGAGGAAGCUACUUGGGAGACUGAAUCAAAUAUGAGGCCUUGGAUUGAUGUUGGGAUUUUGGAUGAAAAACUGGUGAAAAACCAGAGAUUACUGGUCGGACGUGACCGCUGCAGCAAGUCCGCCGUCGCGGUUCGCCGAUUGCCACCGUGA